AUGGUGAGAAAGCCAUCACACAAUUUAAGAAGAGAACAUAAAUGGUUCAAAGAGAAUAAUUCAUUCAAACAAGACACAGAUUUAGUCUUGCAAAUAAUUAAUAAACAAUACCCUCAAAAUAAGAGGCAAAAGGUAGAUUCACAAUAUGAUACUCCAGUUUUGUCAGGCCCUUUACCAACGCGCCGAUCCUCUACAGUUUUUGAUGUUCAGUCUCCUCUUUCUCCCCCUGCUAUUGCUGGUACUAAUAUUGUUAGACUUCCGAAUAAGUGUAUAAAUAGUGGAGAUAAUAUUAGGAAAUCUGCAAUAAAUAAAGAUAAUAAGCAAGACAUAAAUAAACGGCUAUGUGUGAAAAAUUUAGAAUCGCAAGGUCAUUUACUAAAGAAUAAUAUUUUGCCAUCCUCGUUACCUAUUCACAACAACUAUGAAGCUUCAAAAAAUGCUUUGAAUUCAAAUGAAGGAAGUAUUGUUAAAACAAAUAUACCAUCCUCUAUAUCAAAUCCAAUUAUUCACUCCAAAGAUAGAUUAAUAGAUUUCCAAAGUAAACUAAUAAAAUUGCUAAAUGCUGAAAUUGACUUAUUGACAGAAAAAUGUGAUAUUAUGGUAUCUACAUCCCUUUCAGAGGAUUCUAAAAAAUUACAAAUAUCUGAAAAAAUUAUACCAUCUAUGAAAGUAUUACAACAAAAAAUUAAGGAGCAAGAAUCUAAAAUUGAAAGCAUUAAAGGUAUUAUUGAUAUUCAAAAUAAUACAACAAGAAUACAAAGAACCUAUACUGAGUCUACUUUAUCGCAUAGUAAUUCAAUAUUUGCCAAAACAAAUGCUAAUGUAUCCAAAAAUACAAGUAAUUCAAAUAUUUCAUUACCUACGCCGGAAGAGAUGCAACUACAAGGAAAAGAAACAUUUUGUGAAACUGACAAUAAUAGGGAUGAUAUAAUAAGACUAUCUGGAGAUGAAGAUUAUGACGACAAUGUGAUAAAUGAUUAUGAAGAUAACAUAAAUAAGGAUAUUCCGUAUGACACAAGUGUUGUUGUUGAAUCUACCCUUGCAGAAGGACCACAAGGAUCACUACCAAUUUCUAAAAGACGAUUACGAAACAGAGCACCAGUUAAUUAUCGUAUACCAGAAAAAGAUGAUCCUUUUGAUUACAGAGUUGGACGUAAAGAUAAAGUACUUAGUCAAUACGAGCCACAAUCUGAAAAUGAAUCAGUAGAUGCUGAGUUUGACAAUCAAUCCGACUAUUUAUCAACAAGAGAAGAAGAACGUAUAGAAAAUGAAAAGUUGCACAAAAGUGAUAUCGAUUUUAUUGUAGAUGAUGAUGCUGAUAUUAUAAUGGAUACUCAACAAGAAAAAUUAUCCACUAAGAAUAAAGAUGUAGAGAUUAUUCUAUCAUCCCCUAUAAGGGCUGACUCACAUUACGUGGAACAGAUAGAUCUUAUUGAUGACAAUGAUAUUCUUUUAGAAAGUGAAGGUUUAUUAAAUAAUUUUGCGGAUUCUAAUAAAAUAGAUUCGGUUGGUCAAUCUAAUAAUUCUGAAUUAAGUAAUACUAAUCAGGCUUAUCCUCGGCUAUAUACACCAAACGAACUUAGAAAUAGUGAUAAUGAUGAUUCAGAUUUUGAUCUCGAGGAUAGUGAUCUUGAAAAUUUCGAUACAGAAAGAGAGAAUCGGUUAGUAGGUACCAAUAUGAAAGAUGUUGAUGAAGAGUUAAAGAUUAUUUCAGAAAGAAAAUUGGAUGAAGAAGAAAGUCAAGCUGCUUUACAAUUUUUAAAUAAUAUUAAAAAGGAACAUAUGAUUGUUGAUGAUCUUGAUGAACUAGAUGAUAUAUCAUUGGCAGACAUUCACACUGAUCAGAAAUAUAAAACAACCGAAAAUAAUAAUAGCGAGCCUUGGUCUUCAGAAGUUUACCAAAAAUUACAUGACGUUUUCAAGUUACCAGGUUUUAGGUCGAAUCAGGAAGAGGCAAUUAAUGCUACAUUAUCUGGUAGAGAUGUAUUUGUAUUGAUGCCAACCGGUGGUGGUAAAUCACUUUGCUAUCAAUUACCAGCAAUUGUAAAUUCUGGAUCAACACAUGGUACUACAGUUGUUAUUUCUCCAUUAAUUUCAUUGAUGCAAGAUCAGAUAGAACAUCUUUUAAGUAAAAACAUCAAAGCCAGUAUGUUUAGUUCAAAAGGUACUGCAGAUGAAAGAAGACAAACCUUUAAUCUAUUUAUUCAUGGUUUGCUUGAUAUUAUAUAUAUAUCUCCAGAAAUGAUUAGUGCAUCGCAACAAUGUAAAAGAGCCAUUCAGAAAUUGUAUGAAAAUAAAAAAUUGGCUAGAGUAGUUGUUGACGAGGCACAUUGUGUUUCCAAUUGGGGCCAUGACUUUCGUCCAGAUUAUAAGGAAUUGAAAAUAUUUAAAAGAGAAUAUCCAGAUAUACCGAUGAUGGCACUAACUGCAACAGCCAGUAAGCAAGUCAUUAUGGAUAUAAUUCACAAUUUAGAAUUAAACAAUCCAGUUUUCUUAAAACAGAGUUUCAAUAGAACAAAUUUAUUUUAUGAAGUUAGAAAAAAAAGUAAGAACAGUAUUAAAGAGAUUGUAACAGAGAUUAAAUCAAAAUUCAGAAAUCAAACAGGUAUAAUAUAUUGUCAUUCAAAAAAAUCUUGUGAACAGACUGCAACAGCAUUACAGAAAUUUGGAAUUAGGUGUGCAUACUAUCAUGCUGGUAUGGAACCAGAGGAUAGAUUGAAUGUUCAGAAAGCUUGGCAGUUAGAUCAAAUAAAGGUCAUUUGUGCGACUGUUGCUUUUGGGAUGGGGAUUGAUAAAGCAGACGUCAGGUUUGUGUAUCAUUUUACAGUCCCUCGUACUUUGGAAGGUUAUUAUCAAGAAACAGGUCGUGCAGGUAGAGAUGGUAACUUUUCUUAUUGUACAACAUAUUUUUCUUUCAGAGAUAUAAUGACGAUACAAACUAUGAUCCAUAAGGAUGAAAAUUUGGACAAGGAAAAUAAAGAAAAGCAUUUAGAAAAGUUGCAACAAGUUUUAGCAUAUUGUGAUAACAUAACUGAUUGCAGAAGAAAACUUGUUUUAUCAUACUUUAACGAAGAUUUUGAUUCUAAGCUAUGUAAUAAGAAUUGUGAUAAUUGUAAAAAUAAUGUAGCAGCAACAAGGGAAGAACGAGAUGUUACAGAAAUUGCUAAACAAUUUGCUAGUAUGGUUGAUGCUUUGGGACAUGGGCGGAUAACAUUAAUCCAUUUCCAAGAUAUUUUUAAGGGUUCUAGAAGCUCGAAGAUAAUCCAUUCUGCACAUGAUAAGUUACCAUUUCAUGGAGUUGGUAGUAAACUUACAAAAUCAUAUAUAGAAAGAUUAGCGUUUAGAUUGAUAACACUACAUGUUAUUGAGGAAUACUCGAUCAUGAACAAUAAAGGGUUUGCAACAAAUUAUGUUCGAAAAGGACCUAAUUUCAGAAAGCUUAUGCAUAAUCAAUUACAGAUUAAGAUGGAUUUCACUACACCUAAGAAUUCAAGACCUUCCACCGUUGAAUCAUCUACACACAAAAAUAAACCUCUAAGUAAUGAAUCUGGGAAAGGAAUGUCUAAUAAUUCAUUUAAUACAGUAGAACAUAUUAGAUCUUUUACAUAUCAUGAGGAGUCUAACAAAGGAAUAGGUCCAAUACAACCUAUUUCCCUACAACGAAAUUUUGAAGUCAGAUCUACUCAAGACAUGAUGGAACUUUCACACGCAUAUAAUAAGUUGAAAGAUGUCUGUCGAAAAUGUGCUCUUCAGAUGAAUCCACCGGUAUCUGUGUUUUUACCGGAUCAUAUAAUUAGAGAGAUAGCUAUGCAUCUACCAGUUUCUGAAGAAGAGUUUUGUAGCUUUCCUAAUGUUGCUACCAUACACAAAAGGAAAUUUAAAUUUCUGAAACCAACUAUCAUGGAACUAAGAAAGAGAAGAAUUAGGAAUAUUGGUUCUUCUCAGGUAGGAGUUGCUUUAGGUGAUUCUAGUACUCUACCUGAUUUUGAUUUAGUAGCAGACAAGACUGCUUCAAAAUACUUUAGUUCUGAUAAUAGAAAGCGAUGA